CAGUUUUACUAGUAGCGUUGCAGUGAGUAGAGGUGUUUGAGGAAAAAGAUAUUCAGGUAGUGAGUGAAUGGAUACAAUAAAUAUACGGUGAUACGGAAGCAAGAAAAAAACGAGAAUAAAAUAAAAAAUUAACAAAUUUUUACUUAUACUUUACUUUUGAAAGCAACAACAAGAAUUAACGUUAAAAAGAAAAGGCACUAGCAGAAAUAUAUUAAUAAUGAAAAAUAUAUAUAUAUAUGUAUAUACGAGUAUAUAAUGUGUGUGUAUAAAUAAAUUCCAAAAUUGAAAAAAUACUUAUACGUAAAAUUAAACGAAAGUCAAUUUUGCCAGUGACGUCACUUAACCACAAAAUUUAAAUAAGAAAAAUAGUGAAUUUAAAACUUGGUAAUAAAUCGUGUAAUGCGUAUAGGUAUUUUCUAUUUCGCCAAUCUAGUGUUGACAAAAUAACGAUAAAGAUUUCCAUAUACAGUAAUAAUUAAUAAAAAAAAUAUUUUAUUUUUAAACGACGUGUUAAAUGCAGACAUUGUUGUCUACAAAUUAAAUAAAAAAAUAUUCAAACAUAAUUAUUUACAUACAAACAAACAUAGCACAUUUAUUUGUAUAUGUAUUCGUUUUUAACACGAAAAUUUGCAACGUCAUAUUAAAUCAAGGUGAAAUCAAUACAAUAAAACAAGCAACAAAUUUCUCAAUAUUGUACAAAUGUCCAUAUGUAUGUAUGCAGUGACAUUAUUAACAAAAACAACCAGUGAACAUAGUUGUUUGCGAAUCCGUUAAUAAAUACUCGAACUUACAUUUGUUGCUGACUGUAAGAAAUCAAUAAUAGAAAUUGUAACCAAUCAGAGCAACAACAAUAACAAAACAAUUAAAUUUUGAAAAAUCAAAAAGCUAAAAAUUUUACGUUGGCGAUACAAAAUUACUCGUAUAUAUUGUUCCUAGAAUUUUCCACCAUCACAAACAACAACAAAUACUACAGAGCAAAGUGGUAGUAGUUGUCAAAAUCGCUGCUCCCUCUCUUCUAACUGUUUGUUGCUGGCUCAUUUAAUCAAAAACAGAGAACGAAAGAAAAAACGACGAAAUCAUUAGCUUUUGUUGUUGCAGCCAUAUAAACUGUGAAAAAUAAGUGAAAUAAAGAAAAUUCUUGAAUAAAAAACGAGAAAAUUAAAAAGAAAAAUAGAUCAACAACAAUACAUCAGCAGACAAAGAAAAUUGUAAAAAUAAACAUCGAAAACAAGAGCAUAGUAAAGCAGAAACGAAAAAUAGGUACUAAUUUCGAUACUAAAGACUGGCGCACUAUAUUAACGUUGCAAAAUGAAACCCACUGUGAUAUCAAAUGCAAGUGCAUCAGCAUCAUCUGGCACUGGUAAUCCGCAAGCUGGAGGAAAUGGUGUAACGAUACCUAUAAAUCAUGAGUACAGAGGUCAACCGGCAACUCAACAGCAACACCAGCCUCAGUAUCAAGCACAGGCUCAGCAUUAUGUAGCCGGCGAAUCGCAGGUCACCAGUUAUGGAUCUCCAGGAUCUCUUGGAAGAGGACAACAGCCGCAACAACCCCAUCCACAGCAGCAACAAAUUCCAGCACAUUUUCAGCAGGACUUUGAUUUUGAACCUGAUAUGGGCAUAGAUAUGUUUCCUCGGAGCCGCUUGGGACGUAUGACUCAUGAUCCUUUUGGAGAUUUCGGAGGUACUUCACGUAAGCGUACUAGUUUGCAUGAUCCCCAAUUUCAUACUGAUGGUUUUUCUCGUUAUUUUGAUGAUGCUGCAGAUUUUGGUUUUCCCCAGUUCAACUCAUUGGGUCGUCGCCGAGUGAAUACUCAUAACGAUGAUGAUUUCUUUAAUCGUUUGCCUUCAGAAUUCCGUCAAUAUAUACCAGAAAGUUUCGCUCAUCGGCGAGGAGGUUCUGGCAUGGCAGGAAGUCCAGGAACUGGGCCGACCAUGGCUCAUCCGCAGCAGUCGACUCAACAGCAACCACAUUUUUACAAUACAAUGCCGCAGUCUCCAUCAAGAAAAGUGUGCGAUGCUGCCAUCCAAACUGAAGAUCCCACUGGACGCUCGGAAGUUGAUCAUUCACUUAACUCUGAUCUUAAUCAACAUGGUUUGCGCAAUACCAUGGAUAUGGGUGUAAAAUCACCAGCAGAAAAUGAUAACCAAAGUCCUAGAUCGUCGUCAGCACCACCAACAGAACAGCAACAACCCCAGCAGCCGCAGCAGCAGCCCUACUACUCUCAGCCCCAACAAAUACCGGUUAAUGGACCCAAACGACCUACACCGCCUCCUCAGCAACAACAUCAAUUUGCCACUCAAACUAGUCCCCAGAUACAGCCCGGAGCUUACAGUGGCCAAUCGCCACAAUUUCAAAAAGUUUAUUAUGCUCCCCAACAACAAGCACAUCCUCAGCAGAAGCAACAGACUCCACCACCACCCCAGACCCCCGGAGGGUCUUACAUACGUACCAUACCAAUAUUUGUGGAGGGUAGGUCCGAACCCAUUAUCAAUAAUAAGGAAAUUCCCAAUCAAAAUGCUCCACCAAAUGUCGCAACUGGCCCUGCCAAUUCUAGGGCUUUUACACCUCCAAAACAACAACCACACCGUCCUACUCCAUUAAAUACUCAACAGCAACCCACUUCUCAACAGCAACAACAAAGUGGUGGUAUACCUCCCCAAACACCUCAUACUGUUGAUACCAUAAACAAAAUACAAGAUAUACAACGUGAUGUUUUAGAUUUAAUGUCACGCGUUGAAAAGUUUUCGGGCACUCGAGCUGACAAGGAAUAUGUCUAUUUGGACGAAAUGUUAACUAGAAAUCUAUUGAAAUUGGAUAACAUCGACACUAAUGGCAAGGAGAGCAUACGAUUGGCACGAAAAGAAGCUAUCAAAUGCAUACAAGCUUCUAUUAAUGUGCUAGAAGCUAAGGCAGAGGAAAAUAAAAAGGCAGCCCAGGUUAAUGUCGCCGAAAGCGAUGAGCCAGAACAGCAAACUCCCGUCCAAGAAGGUGAAUCGCCAGCACCACCAGCAGAAACACAAAAAUCUACAUCAGCCGAAAAAGUGACCAAAGAAUCAACACCAACUGCUGCAGCUGACCAAACCGUGGAACCGGCGGAUCACAAAAAUAAUGAACCCAUACCACUGCCUCCACCUGAAAGUCAGAAAUUCAAUGAAGUUAAAAUAGAAGAUUGUCCUGAGGAUGAUGCAGCUUCCACUACAAGCCAUCAAGAAUCCGAAUCAAAAGCAGAGGGCCCAAAAAAGGAGAAUUCAUCUGAAACAAAAUGAUGAUAUGAAAGAACUCUUAAUACAACCGCCAGCUAUAAAAAGGCCACCUUUAAAAAGAUUGUCUUAGAGCAAUACAAUUAAUGUUAAUUUUUAACACAUUAGUCUGGGAAUAACACAUUACAUUCAUUCAUUAAUUUCUGGAUGUCCAUGUAGUUAUUCGAUUCACAAAUUUCAGAUGCUUUUAAAUUUUAAACUUUAUGUUAAAUAAUACUUACAUUUAAAGCCUAAAUUAAAUUCGUGCCAAUCUUUAAAUCAAUAA